AUGGGCAGUCUGCUGGGCGGAGGACUGGGAGGACUGGGAGGAGGAGGCGGAAAUGGCAGCGGCGGCGGCGGCUCCGAUUCAGGCGGUCUCAGCUCCCGAGGAGGACUUCACCACUCGGCGGGCAGCGUCACCGGCACCGAGUCGGCCGGCGAGGAGGAGACGCCCAGCUCGGACGACCUGGAGCAGUUUGCGAAGCAGUUCAAGCAGCGCCGCAUUAAGCUCGGCUUCACGCAGGCCGACGUCGGCCUCGCCCUGGGCACCCUCUACGGAAACGUCUUCUCCCAGACGACCAUUUGCCGCUUCGAGGCGCUGCAGCUUAGCUUCAAGAACAUGUGCAAGCUGAAGCCGCUGCUCGCCAAGUGGCUGGAGGAGGCCGAUUCGACCACCGGCUCGCCGACCAGCAUCGACAAAAUCGCCGCCCAGGGGCGAAAGCGGAAGAAGCGGACCAGCAUCGAGGUGUCGGUGAAAGGCGCCCUGGAGACGCACUUUCACAAGCAGCCAAAGCCGUCGGCGCAGGAGAUCAGCUCGCUGGCGGAGCACCUGCAGCUGGAGAAGGAGGUGGUGCGGGUGUGGUUCUGCAACCGUCGGCAGAAGGAGAAGCGCAUGACGCCGCCCACCGGACAGGGCAUGGACGGCGUGGGCACGCCCACCUCAGCGAUGAUGAUGAGCCCGCCGCCUGACGAUGGCAUGCACUCCGGCAGUCCGCCCCUCUUUCACCACAUGGGCGGAGGGCAUGGAGGGCAGCACUCGCCGCCGUACUCUCCGCAGGGACACAUGAUGGGCGGAAAUGGGGGCGGCGGAAAUGGAGGAGGCGGUGGCGGUAACCCCAUGAACGGCCCUCCCCCGCCGGGCAUGCAUCCCUCACUGGCGGCACACUGA